GCUGAUUUAUGCGGCUAAUCUGAAUCCAACCAAUCAACAUCACGGAAAUCCCAGCGGUUUUUCACACUACGGCUAACUACUGGUGUGAGCAGAGAUCGGUGUGAGCAAGUCUGCAGUUCAGCGCUGGAAGGCCUAGGAAAAGAAGGGUGCCUGACUAGAAGAGAAAUGGGGAAAACAAAUGAUAGAAAGCCUAGAGGUCGUAUGUCAUCAUAUGCUUAUUUUGUGCACGCAUGUCGAGAAGAGCAAAGAAAGAAACAUCCCGGAGGAUCUGUGGUCUUUACUGACUUCAUCAAGAGAUGUGCAGAUAAAUGGAAAAAUCUGAGUCCUAGAGGAAAGCAGCGUUUUGAAGAAAUGGCUAAGAGGGACAAAGCACGCUAUGAUCGCGAAAUGGCCAAUUAUGUUCCACCAAAAAGAGUAAAACGCAAGAGGACCAAGGAUCCAAAUGCUCCUAAAAGAGCAUUGCCGGCAUUCUUCUUCUAUUGUGCAGAGGAAAGGCCCAAGGUACAGGCAUCUAAUCCCGGCAUGCCUAUAGCUCAAAUUGCCAAGGAGCUAGGCAGACGCUGGGAGAGACUUCCAAAUCAUUCCAGAUUUGAGGAAAUGGCCACUAAAGAUAGAGAGAGAUACAGGAAGGAAAUGGCUGCAUACAUGAAAGGGAAAUUUUCAAGGGCUAAAAAGGCCAAACCAGGAGCAACAUCCAACAAAGCCUCUUCAAAACAAGAAGACUCUGAUGAUAGUGAUGAUGAAUAUGAUGAUGAUGAGGAUGAUGAUGAGGAUGAUGAUUAAAGGAGACGCAAAGCAUCAAGGAAAAAGAGAAGGAUCCAAGACUUUUAGUGAAGGAUAGGUAUAAUUUUGGUGGAGACAUUAAGAUAUUAUUAACUGAAUCUAAAUUUUUUUUAAAAGUUUUAUGUAGGGGACUGUGGAAGUGCUAAUUGCUGUUGCAACUCAAAAAUUGUAGAGAACUUUUGGUCAAAUAAAAGUGAUAAGCAUUCUUCCUGCUGCA